AUGGCUUCGGCAGUUUUAAAUGCCGUGUCGUCACUGGCCGUUGACGAUGAAGAAAAAAAUGUUGAAAUAUUUUCCUUACUAUGGUUAGAUAAAGAUGUCAAUACGACUGAGGAUAAUUUACAAACGCAACAUAAACUACGAGAAUCAAUUAAUUUUUUGAAAACAUUUAAUAAUUUGAGUACAUGUGAACAUUGGAUUGGACGACAUCAAACACAAGACGAGAAAAUAAUUUUAAUUGUCUCUGGUGCUUAUGGUAAAGAAAUUGUACCACGUAUUUACCACCAACCACAACUAGUUGGUGUCUAUGUUUAUUGUUUAAACAAAGAAAUACAUGAAAAAUGGGCAAAAAAUUAUAAAGAUAAAGUUUGCGCGGUGAUUACACGUCCUAGUGAAUUAAUUGCACAAAUUUCAAAAGAUCAGAAAAAUCGUCAACAAUUAGAAGAUGCAGCAAGUUCAGUCUUCACGGCUAGUACCAGUAGUUUCAGUUCCAGUACUUUGUCAUCUCUGUCCACGCAAGAAAAAUCAUCAUCUGAAUUAAAUGGCAGUUUUCUAUGGUCACAAGUGUUCAUUGAAAUCUUAUUGAGAAUGAAACAUGCCGCCAAUGAUCGUCAAGAAUUAAUUAACCUUUGUAAAAAAACGUACGUUGGAAAUCAUAUCGAACUUGAAUUAUUGAAGGAAUUUGAAGAAACAUAUUCACCGGAGGAAGCAGUACGGUGGUAUACACGCGAUAGUUUUAUUUAUAAAAUGUUAAAUAAAGCACUGCGAGUGCAAGACAUGGAUACCUUGAUUGCAUUUCAGUCAAUUAGACGUGUUUAUCGUGGCCAGCUAAUGUCAAAAGAUGAAUUAGAUGGAAUGAAAUUAAUCAUUGGAAAGUAUUUAUCAUUAAAUAGCUUUUUAUCAACAACACUUAUUCCUAAUGUAGCAUUUGAAUUCAUAUUAAAUGUUGCUCUCGCCACAAAUGAUUUAUGCCGAGUUUUAUUUGAAAUUGAUAUUGAUCCAGCCUUGAUCAAUGUGAAACCAUACGCUGAUAUCUCAUUGCACAGUUUUUUUAAACGAGAAGCCGAAAUUUUAUUUAUGUUAGGUUCAAUCUUCAAAAUCAAAGAUAUUAACACAAGAUCCGAUGGUAUCUCUGUGAUUAAACUUGAAUUAGCAAGUAUAAAUAAUAAUUCUGAGCUACAACAAUUAUCGGAUUAUAUGAAACAAAAUUUAGCUGAAGAACCAAAUCUCACUUCAUUAGGCCUAGCAUUGAAAGAGAUGGGCCAAUAUGAGAAUGCAAAAAAAUGUUAUGAACGUCAAGCAAAUGAAAUAGAUCAUAAAAAUCCUCUUGAAGUUGCUGCUUAUUAUACAAAUCUUGGAAAUGUUGCUUAUGCUGAAGGCAAUUAUGAUUUAGCAAUUGUAUAUCAUGAAAAAGUAUUAAAACUUUUUCAAUUAAGUAUCAAUUGUGACAAAUAUAAAGCAAUGAGUUACAAUAAUUUGGCAAUAGCAUACCAUGACAAAUGUGACUAUGAAAAAGCAUUGUUCUACCACAACCAGGCAUUAAAUAUCUAUAAAGAAAUGUACGGUAAUGAUGAUCAUCUUAACUUAGCCAAUGUUUACUUCAACGUUGGUCUCACAUGUAAUGCCCAAGAAAAAUAUGAAGAUGCAAUUACAAAUUUCGAACUUGCACUUGAAAUUCAAACGAAACUUCUACCAUUAUAUCAUUUUGAUAUUGCAAACACACUUGCUAAUCUUGCCACGCCAUAUGCACACACGGGUGAUUCAAAAACGGCAUUCGAAUUUCUUCAAACAGCUGAUAGAAUUUAUUGUCACGCAUUACCAUCAACACAUCCAGAUGUUAUUUUUAACAAAGAAAAGAUUCAAAAAAUCAAACACAAUUAA